AGGGCCACGUCAGGGCCCUGCGGUAGCGUCUGCACGCUGGUGAGGUCUGGCGGGCACGCGGACGCCGCCACCCCCGCCGCCAGGGGGCGCCCGCGAGAUCCCGGCGGGAGCGCGCUCCUCGUGGCCCGGAAACACGCUGGGCGCUGGAAUCGCCGCGAAGCUCUGUGAGGUGGGCCGGCGACUUGGGCUCGCAGGGAAGGGAAGGGCUGUACCGAGUCGCUGGCCCGCAUGGGGCCCGCGUGGGGCUGGGGAGGGGCGAGGCGGGCUGAGCGAGAGGCCCUGGGCGACAUGGGGCCCAGAGGUGCUGCCUUGCGCUGCCCUCCCCUCAGACGCGGUAUGUUGCCCUCGUCCCCGUGGCGGUGCGGCGCCGGCGAGGAGCAGGCGCCCGAGGAACAAGACUCCUCGAUCAGCGGUGACUCCUGUAAGGCCUGGCCCUCUGGAGAGGGAGCCGUGGGGGAGCCAGGAACACCCCCACAGGCCAGCCCGCAGUCCCUGUCCCAGAGGCCUUCCUUGACUUGGAGAGAGCAGCUGUCGCCCCAGCCUCCAUCAGGCCUGGCUGCCCAGCAGGCCCCGGGAACCUCAGUUCCCCUUCCCCCGCCGAGGGCCUGGGAGGUGGCCGCCCCAAGGAUGACCACCUUGUUAGCUCCAUGGGACCCCAACUAUGAGGCUAAAGUAGGACCUCGGCUGGAGUGGGGGCCCAGCUGGGGGUCUGGCACCUCCUUCUCAAGCCGGACCUUGUGUCAUCCCUCAUUCUGGCCAUUGUAUGGGGCAGCUGCAGGCAGAGGCCUGAGGCCCCAGGCCUCAGCAACAGGACAUCAGAAUGGAGAGCAGGCGAAUAGGGGUGCAGGGUUCCCAGUGAUGUGCAGUGAAGAAGUCUUUCUUUCAGACCCGUUGCUGCCCUAUGGGCAGCAUGUUCCCCUGUACCUGUCUGGAGACCCUGAGCAGGUUCACCAAACCCCUUACCCUGGAUGCUCCACUGCCUGGCUCAGUGGGCCUGAGCUGAUCGCUCUCACUGGCCUCCUGCAGAUGAGCCGGGGGGAGCCAAGACUCAGCUCCCUGGGGGCUCCCGCACCUCCUGCUGGUGCCCCAGACCCUGUCUCUGACCAGCCAAGCCCCAGUGGUGGCCAGAGCUGCCCUUAUUGCACUUAUCCAUCUCUCCCACAGACCCCAGACACCCAUUAUCCAUAGCCCCUCUGGGGGCAGAGUGUGUCCUUUACUUCCCCAAACAGGUUCUACUGACAAUAAAACAGUGUUGGUUUGCA